CAAUAUGACCUAAACAAUUCAUCCAUACUAAAACCAAGCUCUAAUAUCAAAAACAGCCUAAACGGAGCAUCUCCGGCUCGGCAGUCUUCACGAUGCAACUAUACGAACCUCAUCUAUGCAGUACCGAACCCCGCGUCAUGCCACCAAGACACAUUUAGCAUAAAUGCACGCUUAUAUUGUUACUGCUGGUAGCUAUGAUAUAUUCCUCGAGGGCGCUAAAUUCAUGUUUGUGGGAAACUAAACCAUGUUGUGCACAUUUUUACUAUACCUACUGUGUGCCAUUGUGGCCGCAGAGAAUGGAUCGCAGGGUUGGCUUCGCUAUGCGCCGGUUUCUUGUGAAAAGGCUUGUCAGGAUGCAUUGCCGUCGAGUGUUGUCGUUCUCAAUAACAAUGAGACAAGCCCGGUAUAUGUUGCCGGACAAGAGUUACAACGGGGUAUCCAACGGAUAUUCAACAAGACCCUCCCUGUCAACUACGGUGACUGCGCGGCUUCAUCGAUCAUCGUUGGUACUCUCGGAGACUACAAUUGUACCCAUAAUACCCCCGAACCAGAUGAGGAUGGCUUCGUGCUCAACACAACAGGCGACACAGUGCAACUGCUAGGCCAGAAUCAACGCGGUGCUCUCUACGCGGCGUUCGAGUAUCUGUCCAUGCUGGCACAGGGCAAUUUCUCCCGAGUUGCCUAUACAUCUAAUCCCCAUGCACCAAUACGAUGGGUAAACGAGUGGGAUAAUAUGGAUGGGAGUAUUGAACGUGGAUAUGCAGGGCCAUCGAUAUUCUUCGCCAACGGCACGGUUGCGGAAGAUUUAACUCGCGCCAGAGAUUAUGCGCGUCUGCUUGCUUCGAUCAGGAUCAAUGGGAUUAUCGUCAAUAAUGUCAAUGCUAACGCCACGCUGCUGGAAGCUCGAAAUAUCGACGGCCUACGCAGGAUUGCAGACGUUUUCCGGCCGUAUGGCGUGCAAAUUGGCAUAUCGUUGAAUUUCGCCUCGCCCCAGGAUUUCGGUGGCCUUGAUACUUUCGAUUCACUGAAUCCGUCUGUCGUGUCUUGGUGGGAGAACGUCACUAACCAGAUCUACCAGCGGGUCCCCGAUUUGGCAGGAUAUCUAGUCAAAGCUAGUUCAGAAGGCCAACCCGGUCCGUUGACAUACAACCGCACACUAGCUGAAGGAGCGAACGUCUUUGCGCGAGCACUCCAGCCGCACGAUGGAAUACUCAUGUUCCGCGCAUUCGUGUACGACAACAAUCUCAACGAGUCGAGCUGGACGGCCGAUCGCGCAAAUGCGGCGGUUGACUAUUUCAAGCCGUUGGACGGAGAGUUCGAAGAGAAUGUCAUUGUGCAGAUAAAAUAUGGACCGAUAGAUUUUCAAGUCCGUGAACCGGCGUCGCCUCUAUUUGCUAAUUUGAAUCGGACCAACGUCGCAAUUGAGUUGCAGGUCACGCAGGAAUAUUUAGGGCAACAGUGUCAUCUUGUUUAUCUGCCGCCGCUAUGGAAGACGGUUUUGGAUUUUGACCUUCAGGUUGAUGGGAAAGUAUCGCCCGUGAGGGAUGUGAUCCCGGGGAAGACGUUUAAUAGGCCUCUUGGGGGGUGGACGGCUGUUGUUAACGUGGGCACGAAUACGACAUGGCUUGGGAGUCAUCUUGCCAUGUCGAAUUUGUAUGCAUAUGGUCGACUGGCUUGGGAUCCGAUCGUUGAUUCGGAAGACAUUCUGCAAGAUUGGAUUCGUCUGACUUUCGGUUCUGACCAGCAUGUUUUGGAUACGAUCACAGAAAUGUCAAUGGCGUCCUGGCCAGCUUAUGAGAAUUACACCGGUAAUCUUGGUGAGCAGACUUUGACAGAUAUCAUCUACACCCACUACGGACCCAAUCCAGCCUCGCAGGACAACAACGGCUGGGGACAGUGGACACGCGCAGAUCGCCAAGGCAUUGGUAUGGACCGCACGGUGAAUAACGGGACUGGCUAUUCCGGGCAAUAUCCAGCAGAGGUGGCUCAGCUGUAUGAGGACAUCGACACCACUCCGGACGAUCUUUUGCUGUGGUUCCACCAUGUCAACUACACGUACCGUCUCCACUCAGGGAAAACGGUCAUCCAGCAUUUCUACGACGCGCACUACGACGGUGCGGAAACUGCUCACUCAUUCGUAGACAUGUGGGAGUCGUUGCGCGACAAGAUCGACCAGGAGCGGUACAACGACGUCCUGGCCCGGUUGAUCUACCAGGCCGGUCAUUCCAUCGUCUGGCGAGAUGCCAUCACCAACUUUUACCACAACCUCUCUGGUAUCCCAGACGAGAUGCAGCGUGUCGGUCACCAUCCGUGGCGCAUCGAAGCGGAGAGCAUGACCUUGUCUGGAUAUGAGCCGUAUGCAGUGUAUCCGUUCGAGACAGCCUCCAACGCCACUGCCAUUAUCACAUCGUCCAAUUCGACCGCCGGCAUGGCUUCAACAACACUAUCCAUCCCAUCAGGAACGUACAAUCUCGCAAUCAACUAUUACGACCUUCACGGUGGCGAGUCACUCUGGACGGUAUACCGCAACGACGAUCAAAUCGGACAAUGGACAGGCGACACCAAACUCGGCCACAUCCCCUCCACCUACCUGGACGGACAUUCCGCCACUCGUGUAACGUUUCGCGACAUCGAUUUACGGCCCGGAGAUGUGCUUUGGAUCGUUGGGGAACCGGAUGGAACCGAGCCGGCACCAUUGGAUUAUGUAGCGUUGCUUCCGGGGGGUGUUGUCGACUAGUGGGCGACCUCGAGUCGAGUUGGGCCUUUUAGUAGAGGCACCGUCAACAGCGUUCUCAUUCUUCAAAUCCACCCCCGAUAGGGCUUACCUGUCAUGUCUCAGCUGACGCGCCAAUAGCGCAGCGUAGGUAGCAUACUUAGUAUGUAGAGAUGCACAAUACAGAGGUAGAGGGGUCGCAGAUCUGAUGAGUUCCGGAGAACUCCGUAGGCCCCUAUCUUACUGCCGCGAAUCACCGCCUGCCAUAUAUCGCUGCUCU